UGCAGAAGGGGGCUUGAUGAGGGAAGCAGACGCCAGAGCCAUGUGGGCCGAUGGCCAAAGAUGUGCCGCCCUGGAAGCCGGGAAAGGCGAGGACUCCCAGGAGGGCCGUCUCGGACCUGGAGCCUCUAGAACUUUCUGAUACCACGGUUGGGCUGUUAGGAGCCCUGAGGCUGUGGUACUUUCCUAGAGCCACGUGCUGGGUCUUGAGGGUGGAGUCAGAGGAAUGAGCCCCCCCUCCCCCCACAGUUUAAGGAAAGGAGAAGCUGGCGGGGGUGGGCAUUUGCGGUGAAGUCGCAAGCGGUUACUAGUUGUAGGCAGCAAAUGGAGGAGGGAUACGGAGGGCGGGGCCGCAGGGCGGGGCCGCAGGGCGGGGCCUGGCACUUCCGCCUCUCCCCGCGCUUCCCCUUCUGCGCCUUCUGUCUGGUGAACUCCCAAGACCCCGGCCCCGCCUGCCACUCUGGCACCCGGCCUCCCCCAUCGCAGCCCGGCCUUCGCUCCCGGGACAGUGUGGGGUGAUGGGCAGUGCCAGGCACAGCAUGGUGACUGUGUCCCGCCUGAGCGCCCGGCCUCACGUGCUCCAUUGCGCUCUCUCCCACUCCCUGACGUGGGGCGUGUCCUGUCCCAGGUAACAGGACACGGAGCACAGAGAGAGGCUGGAAGAGUAGGGGGAGAUGGGGCCCUCACCGCCCUGGGCAGGGCCGCGUCCCCAGAAGCCAGUGGGCGCCCAUCCUGGUCCCAGCGUGGACAGACAGGACCCAGACGGGCUCAUCCGGGCCUCUUAGGCAGGCCCCGUGGGGCAGCGUGUCCCCCCAGAAUUCCCGUCCGUCCAUUGGGAGCGCGGUUCCUGCGCAUGUCCUCAGGGUGGUGACGUCUGCUCCCGGCCCUCUCCUGGCCCUGGCGGUGCUGGCCAUCCUUGGUGCCCCCCCUUGACCUCCAUCCUCAUGCAGACUUCUCCCGUGUGUCUGCGUGUCCUUCUGCGAGGACAACCGUCAUCGGACUAGGGACACCUGGAUAACCCGGAGGAGCGCGUCCCGAGAUGCUCAGUCACCUCCGCAAAGCACCUUUUUCCAAAUAAGAUCUCGGGGGAGGCCGGGGACGCUGUGAAUCUCCGGUCCUCCGUCCCCGCGGCUGACCGCAGCGCCCUGCCCGGGGCCACUCUGCAGAGGCCUCGCCGGGGAGCACGGGCCGGGCACAGAACCACCAUGUCCAACCCCUUCCUGAAGCAAGUUUUCAACAAGGACAAGACUUUCCGGCCCAAGCGCAAGUUCGAGCCGGGCACCCAGCGGUUCGAGCUUCACAAGAAGGCGCAGGCGUCGCUGAACGCGGGGCUCGACCUGAAGCUGGCCGUGCAACUGCCCCCCGGCGAGGAGCUCAGCGACUGGGUGGCCGUGCACGUGGUGGACUUCUUCAACCGCGUCAACCUCAUCUACGGCACCAUCGGCGACGAGUGCACGGAGCAGUCCUGCCCGGUCAUGUCCGGCGGCCCCAAGUACGAGUACCGCUGGCAAGACGAGCACCAGUUCCGCAAGCCCACGGCGCUGUCGGCCCCCCGCUACAUGGACCUGCUCAUGGACUGGAUCGAGGUGCAGAUCAACAACGAGGAGCUCUUUCCCACCCACGUGGGCACGCCGUUCCCCAAGAACUUCCUGCAGGUGGUGAGGAAGAUCCUGUCGCGACUGUUCCGCGUGUUCGUGCACGUCUACAUCCACCACUUCGACCGCAUCGCGCAGAUGGGCUCUGAGGCGCACGUCAACACCUGCUACAAGCACUUUUACUACUUCGUCAAGGAGUUCGGCCUCAUCGACACCAAGGAGCUCGAGCCGCUGCUUCGUGCCUCGAUACCCUCAUCAUUUCUCCCGUGUCGAUGCUUCCAGUUCUUUCUGGGGCCAGCGAGACUUCCCCAGGCCGUGUGUAAAGGCCGUGGGCUGGUGCUGAUCUGCCCGCUGCUCCUGCACACCGAGGCUCCCGGGGUCCUGCCGUCGCGCGGAAUGUGGCAAGACGUCUUCGUGCCUUAGCGUUUACGCGUUGCCGCGGCCGCUCUCCCUCGACAACACUGCCUUUUUGGCCCUUCACAGAAUGGCUUGGGCCCCCCUCCCCCACCCGGUUAUCUGUCCCGUUGUUCGUAAGGUUUGGCGAGAAGUGAAGCCCGCGGGUCCCUUGAGACCGGAUCUGCUUUCCUGGGGUGUGGUUUCUGUCCUUCUCCUCUCGAUACCUGACGUCCUGCUCGUUCUUAACAGAAAGAAAUGACCGCACGGAUGUGCCACUGAGCGCCGCUCGGCCCUGAGGCCACCGAGGCAGUGCCCAGGGGACACUCUAGCCUGAGGGCCACGUCUCCGGAACAUGGGCCCGUGCUUUCUAGAAAGUCCAGCGAGUGAUCGGAGCUCCAUGCUGUCGCGGCUACGCUGAGCGCCGGGGUCGAGUCCUCCCCGAUCCCAGAUGCAGCAGCUGUGGGUCUGGCCACCCUGAGCCCGUCUCCUCGGCCAGCAUUGAACUUGGACUCCGUGGUUGUAUGUGCGGGGCACCUGGGAAAACCCACUGUGUUUGUAAAGCACUUGCGUUUGCCCAGUGGGCCCGCACGGACCUGUGCCCUGCGGGCAGCCGGCGCCUGGGAGCCCCGUGUCUGCUUCACGACAGGUACGACAGGGACCCCGCAGCCUGCCUCCCGGCCCCCCCGGACCCCUUCGUGGAUCAUGAAAGAUACGAUUUUUCUUUUCCUAUACGUGAGCCUGCCUUCCCCUUUAGAAAAAUAUCCCCUCUCCCGUGUGGACAACACAGGAUGAGUCCCCUGGAACCGCUCUCCUGGGCGGGAUCUUUGAGUCUUGCCAGAUGUUAGCUGGCCAAAUGUCCUCCUGCAGAGCCUGCCAGCUUCACAUCAAAACCCUCUGUUUGCGUGGCCCUGUGUGGCUGUGGGAUCCGAAUCCCACCACUGUCUCCCACGGGCCCUGGGAGGGGUGGCCAGGGCCCCGUCGGGGGCUGCACCGACGUGACCACGGGAAGCCCCGUUCUGCCCCGAGUUCGUGCCUCUGCCUGCCCACACAUCCUCCGUGGCCUCUCGCUGUGGCUGCCCUUCCAGUGUGGACCGUGCCGACUCAGUACCUCUGGGUGUCUGGGAUGCUCGCAGACGUGAGGGGCACCGUCACCCAACACCGAACAAGUGCAAUUAACAUGAGCUCGGGCCUCGGUCCUUCCGGAAGCCUCCGGGGCCCAGCUCAGCGGGGGGCCUGGCAAGACAGCCUCCCAGGACGAGGAAACUGUCCAGUCGAAUGUCGCCCCUUCACAUGCAAGACCACAGCCAAACCGCAGAACCACUGUGCGCCCCAGGGUUCCCAGCUGCUCCCGCCGUGCGGCCAGGCCGGGGACGGUGGCGGGGACCCUCUGCAUCCUCCCCGCCCACGGGUGUUCCCACCCGAGCAUCAGAAUAAAUUGUGCCAUUUUUUUA